UGUGCACUGUGAUCCAGCAGGAAAUCUGGUCUGGAUUAUCAUGAGUCAUUGGGGGUGCCUCUGUUUGCUGGGGCUGCCUGAGUUUCUGAGCCCCAGCAAGUCAGGCAGCAGGUUGAAGGACACGGGGAGACUGGGAUGGGGAUGGAGGAAACUGGAAUGGAUGGAGUGUCUCAGGCUAAGCAUCCCCACACAUUGAGAUGCCCCUAAAAAUUACUAGUUGCUUCUGAAAACAUUAGCCUGUGCCUCUGUCCACCGAAGCCUGAGUGACGCUCAGAUGGCCCCGUCAUGCCCCCCAGCCCCAGGUCUGCCCCAUAUGCAUGGGUCACACUCCCAGCCACUGCCUUCAGGGGCAAGGCUCUUCAAUCCUGUGACAUGGGAGAGGGGAACCCAAUGCCAGUCUGUCUCCUGCAUUAGCACGAUGGUGGGAACCCAAUGCCAGCUGCUAGAACUAAACAGUACUCUCUUGGAGCCAUGUGCCAACCCAGUGAUGGGGACAGAUCCGCCUGGGAUAGGAGCUAUGGGAAAUCAGAGAGAGGGUGAGUAUGCAGGAGCUGGCUCCUCCAGCAUCAUGUCUGUGCUGACCGACCGAGCCGUGGUGAAGAGGGAGCGUCUCCAGGACGUUGCUGGUGGUGACCGGUACCGAGUCAACAACAAGUAUGACGGGAGGUGCUCGCCGCUGCCUGUCAGCAAGAUCCUCAUGGAGGCCGAGUCUCUGGUGGGCCAGGAGAUGCUGUACAGCGUCACCAGCGAGAACUGCGAGCACUUUGUCACCAAGCUGCGCUACGGCCAGCCCAUGUGUGACCAGGUCAGGGACACCAUGGUGACCGUGGGGGUCGCAGGGCUGGGCCUAGCUACUCUGGGGCUCAUCGGAGUCAUGGUCACAAGGUCCAGGCGUCAGAACCAAUAGCACAGACUCCCCUCUGGGCCCAAGGCCUGGAGCCUCUGCAGCAGGGGCCCUCGGAGCGGGCUCCUCGUGGGGACCAAGCUGGAUGUGUCAGCAUCUUCCUGUCCUUUGUCAUCAAGUUUUCUGGAUUAGACGUCUCAUUUAAAAUAAACU